CUGGGCUGCUUUGAAACGGCUAUGGAUUUAUUUUGUGCAUUUUGGGGAUUAUGACGACUGGAAACCCAAGGAAUUCAGUACACUUGAGCCAGCUGCGGUACUAGUUAUGGGUGAACACAAAUGCAGGCCAGACUUCUUCAAGUCCCCAGAAAAGCUUGCUGGAGUGGCCCGUAAGAGCUCCAAGGAAACAACCCUACAGCUCAAAGUGCAGUUUCUGGAUGAUACUGAGCAGAUAUUCGAAGUUGAGCAAAGAAUUUUGGGAAAUGACUUUUACAACAAGGUCUGUGGUCACCUGAAGUUGCUGGAGAAAGAGUACUUUGGACUUGAGUUUCGCAAUCACACUGGGAGUUAUGUGUGGUUGGAAUUGCUGAAACCUCUUGCAAAGCAAGUUAAAAACACAAGCAAUGUUUCGUUCAGGUUCAUAGUGAAGUUUUUCCCACCUGACCCAGGACAACUACAGAAAGAGCUGACAAGGUAUCUCUUUGCUCUGCAGAUCAAGCAGGAUUUGGCCAACGGAAGUCUCACAUGUAAUGAUAACAGUGCAGCUCUUCUGGUGUCACAUAUCUUACAAUCAGAGGUGGGUGAUUAUGAUGAAGAAGUUGACAUUCAGCAGCUGGAGAGUAAACGGUACCUUCCCAACCAAGAGUACCUGGACCACAAGAUCAUGCGCUUUCACAAGAAACACAGGGGUCAGUCUCCCGCAGACUCCGACAUCCAGCUUCUGGAAGUUGCCAGGAAACUGGACAUGUAUGGCAUCCGACCUCACCCUGCCAAUGAUGGAGAGGAAAUGAAAAUCAACCUGGCUGUCACCCACAUGGGAGUACUGGUUUUCCAGGGGAACACCAAAAUGAACACCUUUAGUUGGGCAAAAAUUCGCAAGCUGAGCUUUAAAAGAAAACACUUUCUGAUAAAGCUUCAUGCAAAAAUUGUUCCAUCCCGUAAAGACACAGUAGAAUUCACCAUGGCUAGCCGAGACAUCUGCAAGGCCUUCUGGAAGAUGUGUGUGGAGUACCACGCCUUCUUCAGGCUUUCUGAGGAGCCAAAGUCCAAGCACAAGUCCAUCCUCUACAGCAAGGGCUCUUGCUUCAGAUACAGGAAACACUGCAAAGCUCAUUAUGACACGAGGCAGUGCAGGUCUUCCCCUGAUCUCCUGACAGAUGUCUCCAAACAGGCGUAUGAGCAGACACGCUCCUUCGAGAGGCCGAGUUACAGCAAGAGCACUGCCGAGAAAGCUCUUCAGCCAGUUCUGAGCGGGAAGAGAAGCAAAUCGGCUGUGGAGGUGGUGUUUGCCACUGAACUGGAGCGCUCCAAGCCGGAAGCCGAUCCUGCCUCCUUGAACCCGUCUCGGAGUGGCUCCUUCACCUGUUUUGAAGUGGAAGGCCAGGCAGACGUACAAACGCAGUGCCAGCAGGGGCGCAUGGGCGUUGCCCGCAGCAACAGUGUCAGCGAGGUUCACCGCAGCCGAAUGAUCACCAGCGCCCAAUUACUGCGGCGCACCGACUCUCCCCGUUACCCGCUGGCGGUAGCGGGUGCCGAGAGCUUCGUUUCCAGUGCCUCCUUUUACCUGGACCAGCCACCCCGCCUGCCCAGGCAUGCCUCCCUGGUGGAAGACGUCAUCCGCUCCUCCAGCUUCUCCAGCCCCGCCAGUAUGUCUCCUUCCGGGAGGCGCCACAAAUACAGGCACAAUGGCCUCUACCAGGCAGGGGGCACGAGCUGCGGCAGCCGCAUUGACAUCGGAAGAGAAGAUAUGGGUCACUUCAGCGACGACUCCAGCUACCAAGCGGCCCUGCCCAAGAGGUCCUGGAGCCAGUCCGAUAUGAAAUUCCUCCAUCCAACUCGUGCCUCCGAAUUCAGACCUCUAGGCCACUACCCUCAUUUAUCCCGGAGGCCUAUUAUGAUGCGCCACUUGCUGCCACAGCAUGGGGCCACAGACCGCCCCACCUCUCUCUGCGUGAUGGAUAGGUACGCUGCUGGUGGGACAGACUUCAGCGACUCCGACUCUGACAUCAUCUAUCCCUACUACUACCCAAUCCUGGGCAAACUAGUCAAAGCUGCCCCACUGGCCCGGAUGAGGAUAUCCUCAGGCAGUCUCCAGCUGGAUGAAGAAGAGGAAGACUUCUUCAACAUAAGCGACUGCGAGGGCGCAAAGUCUUCUGUGGGGGCACAGGGACUCCACUCUCGAGUGGUUUGAUCUUGCCUUUUAGGGACACCGGCUUUUCAGCUAAGAAGGUCUUACUGAACAAACCUAAGUUAUGGGAGGUGAAGACACCCCAUUAUAGGAAGACCUAGUAGCAGUUAUUUCACACAGGGGUUCCCAAUCCUAGUGCUGGAGGCCCACACACCAGGUUUUUGUUCCAGCCCAGCUCUGUUACACGGUUGAACCCUUAAUUGACUUAAUGAUAGAUUAAUUGGAACUGUUUUCAGCGCUUAAACCUGUUGGAGGUCCCCUUUAAUUAUUGCAGUUCAUAAGUAUUGAGUGAAAUAAGUGAAAUUCAAAACAUUUGAAUAGAACAAAAUGUUCCAAUCAAGAAACUUAUCAGUUCAGGUAAGGCUCCUUAAAGUACGUGUCUGCCUAAAUGAAGAAAGGUGCAUCUUAAUUACCACACAUUCCUGGUUUUUGUGGAGUUGUGGACCACAUCAUGAAAAGUGGGAUCUGAAUGAAGAAGGUGAGCAAUAAUUGCUAUUGUUUUUCUCCUAACUGAUUUUUUUGAGGAUGUCCAGUUAAGUCAAGAGUUGCAAGAGUUAAUUGUUGUUCAAAAAGUCAACAGUCUAAAACAUUUUUUUAAAUUGCCGUUCCUUUGUUUUUAAAAACAUGUUGUAUAUUUUGACAAAUUUUAACUACAAUAUUUAUGCACGUAUUUGCUAUAUACAGCUAAUUCUUAAAUAAGAAAUUGUAUGUCACUGAAAAUGCCUCAAUUUAAAAUGAGCAUUACUUGGAAUAGAUUGAAAGAAAUAGAUUUUACAUUGGUGUGAUGUAAGAAUUUACAGAAUGAUCUUAAUAGUAAAGUAGCUUGAAAAUGCAGAACAAAUAAGCAAGAAACAUUCAAACAGGAUCAUACAAAGUAGGAAAAGCUAUGGGAGACUUUGCAGAUCAGCUACUCUACAUGACAAGGCCAACUUAAAAAAAACGUAUCUGUGUAAUAAGCUCCAAAGACCUUUGCAGUUAAAAGUGUAACCAGAGUGAAUGUCGAAAUUGAAUUUUGAAGUAGUUUGGGUAGCCAGUUAUCUUCACAAAAGAUUGCAAGAAAUGACACAAAACUUGAAGGCAAACAUACUCAGUAAAAGAACGUCAAAACCAUACAGGUCAUUUAUUUUGAAAGGGCACAAAAGACAAUGAUCCCACAUAUACUGCAGAUAUUUGUUGUACGAAGACCAAAUAACAAUAGACUUCCAAAGCUUUUCCACACGUACAGUUCAGUAACUUUUUUGACUUGAUUCAAACGUUUAGUAUCACGGUUAUGAAAUGCUAUGCUUCCCUAAGUGCUGCUACAUAAGUUAUUUUUUACCCGUUAUUUUUUCUUUCCUCUCUCACAAACCUGUCAUGUUUUUCAAGGCUGAAGUCUUUCCUUCAGUAUUCGGUACAGUCCCCUUCUCCAUUCUCCCUGGUAUGGGAUAUGUGAGAUAUGACGUAUAGUAUGUCAUAACAAAUGAGGCCAAAGUACUUCCUAUAUUUUUCUUUUUUUAUUUGCUUGAAAAAGCCAGAGCAGACAGCAGUGGGAAAAGCUAUCUCUGUACCCAGCUAAUGCAUUAUGAGAAAACAUCCUGAAGAGGAUGCAAUGAGAGGCAUUUCAGCCCUUUAAUGCUAAAAGCAGGCUGUUAAAUGCAUAAAGAAAAAGAAAAAUUACAGAUGAUAAAAGAUAUGGCUACGUCUGAAGAGCCCAUAAUUCUUCAGUUUACGAUGCGUUUUUUACAACACCAUUACCUCAGUUAUAUGUCUUCAUCCCCCUCAAAACGACUACAUUCUCACCACUUUUCAGCUGUUUCAUGUACAUAGUAGUUGUUUACUGUCACUAUUAUUGGGUUUCAGUGUGUCUGUUAGUAUCAAUUUGCACGUGGUACUCAUUGCUCAUUCUGUUAACAUAUUGUCCGGUAAGUGUUCAUCAGUUUUGUGUGGCAUAAUUUCUAGAACUUGUGUUUAGGAAUAUCACUGUAAUGGAUUGACACUACUUGCUUAGUGGCCUUACAUUGAAAAAGUCAAUACUACUUACAGUAACUGUAUUCAGUGUCUUAAAAAAAAAGGCUUCUUUGCAUUUCUAGAUUGUCCAUCAAUUUAUUCCAUGUCUAUAUUAUUUAUUUCUCAGCACACCACCUUUCACUGUUGUAAAACAGCAGCUCCAAAGUACAGAGUUGCAUUACAUCUAAGGGAUUGACUUUUUGAUAUCAGAUUGUGAUAGCUAGUGAAGCAGGCUCCAUUGUCAACUGAGGACUGUUUCCUGAGAUUAUUAUUAAAUGGUGACAAGCACCUCUUUUAGAACCCAGUCCAGCCUACCCGCCAUCACAAAAUCAGUUUCAAGUUAGGGGAGCAAAAACAUUCUUAUGAUUCCCAGAUUAAAUUGUCUGAUGUUAUGCCAUGGACUACAUGUAGAUGAUGCAGUUAAUAAAAUUCCUAAAAUAAAACAGAAGUCCCCUUUAACCUUCCAGUAUGUUAUUAUAGCACCCCUUCUCAAUAUUUAAAAGAUGUGAUGUUGUUUCAAUGAGCUUGAUAUCACGAAGUAUGAAAAUCACAGCCCUCUGCCGCUUUUCUCCAGGUGAGGGUGAUGGCGUUGGGACAAACACUGUCAAACUUCCAAACAGCAUUCAGAAGCUGUCAGGAUGAAACAUUGUACAGUACCAUAAACUGCUAGAAAUAAGAGAGGUUGACAGAUGCCUUCCAGGAAAGUUGCUGUUGUUGUUGUGCCCAGAUGCGUAAAGGGCAACUCCAUGGGGGCUGAGUUCAUCAGUCAUCGCCACCAAGUCAUCAUCAGAAAAGCAGAGGCCCAGGGGGCGUUAGCAGCUGCCCUCAAGGGAUUCAUGUCCCUGAUGUCUUGUGACAUGUGCCAGAGAAAUCAAUGCAACCCACUGUGCUCAUGAGCUCUGAAUCUUGGAUCAAGUCACAAGGCAGUAAUGUACUGUAGCACAGUGGGCAGGUUCACACUCACAUGAUGCUCCAAGUCUAGUAUUUAUACCAAGAGAUCCUGCUACGAUACGAGCACAGUGAUGCACUCAUUCUCUUGACACUGGCAGUGCCGCAUAAAUCUUACGUCAGUGUUUUAGACUUUUCUGGUGUUGCUUUAAAAUAAGGAUUCCUUUUUAAUAUACUAUGAUUAAAAAAAACAGUACUCAUUUCAAAUAUGUUGAACUAUUAACAGUAUUGUGGUUAUGGCAAUAUAAAAAAUACCCCAAGCUUGCUUAUGUGUAACGCAAAAGGCCGUUUAUGAGUAUUUUUACUUUUUUUUUUCCUUUUCAUGGUGGAAAAAUAAAGAGUUUUUUUCACAUUGCUGCUAACUGAAUUACCAUAUUUCAGUGGGUUUUAAUUUGGAAUUCCAUGAAUAAAAGGAGAUUUUUGUCAAGGCAUCUGGCGUAUCAUUCUGAAGUUACUCUACAAUAAUAUAGAACAAUUAAAACAGGGAUCUGUGGUCAGCGUGAUAAGUUAAGAGACUUUGCACCUCCAAGCAAAGGGAUGUCUAGUGGGCACCGUAGGCCUCAGUCUGAAAACUUGACAAUGGCUCUGGCUGGCUUUAGAGGAAAGCGCAUAGUCCCUAAUUAAAUCCCCCCACGUUAAUUAAAAAUGGGGACUUCCAAAAUUAGUGGAAUUGACCAAUCAAUAAUGAACCAAAAGAAAUGAAUCAGGCCCAUCAGUUAUUGGUGUCCCACUGUUUGACCUCAGUGAAGCAAAAUACGCCCAAGUACGAAUGCAUUGCUGAAGCAUUACUGAGAUCAGCGUUCAGACUGCAAGACUAUAAAAUGCCAAUGUCCAGCGAAUCAGAGAAAGAUUUCCUCCAAGAUGCUUCAAGCUGAAGAUCCAUUCAGAUCCUGAAUUACAGUCAGGGAUCAGAUGGUUAAAGAUUGAAGGACUGACCCCUUCUACCUGUACUGCAGGAUCACAGCUACAGUAUAUACUGUAUUCCAUAGGCGUAUAAAAAAUUGAAAUCAUUUUCAUUCCCCAGAUAUCCAAUAUUUAAAAGGAACUGACUACAGUACGAGAGUAUGGCCAUUGAUUUAACUUAAAUGUCUUUUGUGCGUCUGAGGGAAUACACACUUACUGACUGUAAGACUUCUCUGAAAUCCAAUUCAGGCUUCCCGAUUUUCCCAAAAUCAAACGAGGCUGAAGUUUGAGGGAACAUUUAGAAAUGAAAUGAUCGUUUAAAAUAAAUACAGCAGGUUGUACAGAGGUCCAACGGGAAAAGAAAUUCUUUGGAGGCCUGUCCAGGAAUCUUGCUGCUGCUUUGAGGAAGAGGGAAUUCAGUUGUAAGGAAAUACCUAAAUUAAGGCUCUAGUGCUUCAGCUUGCAUUCAGUUUCCUUUUCUCUGCA